UGUCCAGAAGAAAGUGAUAGCAAAAGAUAUGAUGGUAGGAAUAAUAUUAAGGAUGCAGAUAAAGUCCCUUCCAAGUUAAAUGGUGAUGCUACACCCUCAUUGAGAAUGCAGUCAGGAAAGCAAUAUCCCCAAUGUUCUGAGUGUGGUAGGAAAUGUCCUUCAAAAUAUGACCUCGCAAGACAUUUAAGAACACAUACUGGUGAAAAGCCUUAUCCAUGUCCUGAAUGCGACAAGAGAUUUUCUGAUAAAAGCAGUAUCCCUCAGCACAUGUUAAUUCACAGUGGAGAAAAACCGUAUCAGUGUUCUGAGUGUAGUAGCCGGUUUAAUUGUAAAAGUAACCUUAGACAGCACAUGAAACAACAUUCCACUACUAAGUUCCAUCAGUGUCCAAAGUGUGACAAGAAAUAUCGCUCAAAAGCUUAUCUAAAAAUACAUUUAAGAGUGCACACAGGUGAAAAAUAUCAAUGUUCUGUGUGUGAUAAGCAGUUUGUUUCUAAACACUCCUUCACUAAUCAUUUGCUACAACAUGCAGGGGAAAUGCUUUAUCAAUGUGCAGAAUGUAACAAGAAAUUUGUUUCUAAACAAAAUCUGAUAAGACAUUUAAGAACACACUCAAGUGAAAAGUGUUUAAUUGAAAAGCUGUAUCAAUGUUCAGAGUGUAACAAGAAGUAUGAUAGCAAAUAUACUCUGGCACAACAUUUGAUUACACACACUGAUGAAAGGCCUUUUAAGUGUCCAGAAUGUAAUAAGACGUUUACUGCUAUAAAAUACCUCAAGAGGCACCAGAAACUACACGCUAAGGAUAAGGCUUAUGAAUGUACCUAUUGUAACAAAAAAUUUCACUCGGCAUGUUAUCUCAAAAAACACAUAAGGACACACACGGGUGAAAAGCCUUAUCAAUGUCCUGAAUGCAGUAUGAGAAGUGCUACUAAAAGUAGCCUCAAUAAACACAUGCUAACGCAUAACGGUGAAAAGCGUUAUGAAUGUUCUGAAUGUAAAAAAACAUAUGCUAAUAAAGGAGAUCUCGAUACACACAAGAAGCUACAUACUGGAGUGAAGCAUGCCCAAUGCUCUCAUUGUGAUCAAGGGUUCGAUUCGAAGUAUUACCUUAAGAAACAUGUCAGAACUCACACCGGUGAAAGGCCUUAUCAAUGUUCUGAGUGUAUUAGGGACUUUACAUUUUAGUCGAACCUUAAAAGGCACAUGAUGAUUCAUACUGGAGAGAUGCCCUAUCAAUGUGACGAGUGUGAUAAGAAAUUUAGACAAAAAGAAACUCUGAUAUCACAUAUAAGAACACACACUGGUGAACAGCCUUAUUCAUGCUCAGAAU